CCUCCUAGGGAAGCCCGGAGCAAAAGCCACGCCCCCGGCAGAAGCACACCCGGCGUGCUCCGGCUGCUCGUGGUUUUCUCCGCCUACCGUGCCUCUUACGUGCUCUGAAGAUGGCGGCAGCUGCAGGAAGGUUGCUCUGGUCCUCGGUUGCUCGUCAUGCAAGUGCUAUUUCCCGGAACAGUAUCUCUGCCUCAACAGUUCUUAGGCCUGUUGCUUCUAGAAGAACCUGUUUGACAGACAUACUGUGGUCUGCCUCUGUCCAAGCAAAGUCUGCCUUUAGCACCAGUUCCUCUUUCCACACCCCUGCUGUCACCCAGCAUGCGCCCUAUUUUAAAGGUACCGCUGUUAUCAAUGGAGAGUUCAAAGAACUGAGUCUCGACGACUUUAAGGGGAAAUACUUGGUGCUUUUCUUCUACCCUUUGGAUUUCACAUUUGUGUGCCCUACAGAAAUUGUUGCUUUCAGUGACAAAGCUAAGGAAUUUCAUGAUGUAAACUGUGAAGUAGUUGCAGUUUCAGUGGAUUCCCACUUCAGUCAUCUUGCCUGGAUUAACACACCAAGAAAGAAUGGUGGUUUGGGCCACAUGAACAUCACACUGUUGUCGGAUAUAACUAAGCAGAUAUCCCGAGACUACGGAGUGCUGUUGGAAAGUGCUGGCAUUGCACUCAGAGGUCUCUUCAUUAUUGACCCUAAUGGUAUCGUCAAGCACCUGAGUGUCAACGACCUUCCAGUGGGCCGCAGUGUGGAAGAAACACUCCGUUUGGUAAAGGCGUUCCAGUUUGUAGAGACCCAUGGAGAAGUCUGCCCAGCCAACUGGACACCAGAGUCCCCUACGAUCAAGCCAAGUCCAACAGCUUCCAAAGAAUACUUUGAGAAGGUCCAUCAGUAGGCCAUCCUAUGUCUGCAGUUUACCUGAAGCUUCUUAGGCCAAAAAAGAACCCCAGCUGGAAUCCUUCCAAUGCCCUGAAGAUUAUUUAUAGAAUGGCAAAACCUCAUUAUGCUUAUGUUUAUAAGUACUGUUUCACAGGCUUUGUAAUUUUAAGACAGGUUCAGGCUCUCUAAAGGUGGCUAGCUGCUUCCAUAGCUGUCCUUACUAGGAACUUCUUGAUGUCUAACCAAUUCUCUAUGAGUGCUUGGUCCCCAUUUCUUGGAGCAUGUCUUCAGAGGGUAAGCAUUCUUUCCCUUAGCCUGCCCUGAACCUUGGUCUACAGUGAAGUAGCACAUAGCACCAAUACUUAGUGAAAUGAAGUAGCAGAUAGUACCAGCACUUAGUGAAAGCAUCUGAUCAAGGUCCUAAAAUUUCCUCUUGAAUUUUUGUGAAUUAUGCUGAAUUUCCCAUUAUUUUUUAUUGUAGUCAUUAACUCAGAGUGUCCUUGUGUGUUCUGAGAUAUUGAUGAAGUAUAAUCAUGAAGGACUACGUAUAAUCCAGUGUUUUUGUUUCUAAAACACUAUAAGUCAUUUUCUUCAAGUGCUGGAUGUAUAGAAUAAGAAUAAACAUUAAAAUAUUUGCAUUUUGACAUCA